UCAGUACACACCCAUAGUAACACAAACAUCAGCAUCCUGUCAGAGCAGAAACGAUGAAGCAGUCGAGAAAUUAGACACACGUCAAAACAUCUGACAGAAAUCAACCGCACAUGUUUAUUUGCCUUGAUUUAUGAGCAACAAUGCAAUCGGACGACGCCAGAUAUUUAAAACGGAAAUAUAAGGGUGGCAGUUUAGAUGUCCAUCCCACAGAAAAAGCCCUUGUUGUCCAGUAUGAAGUGGAAGCUACGAUCCUGGGGGAGAUGGGAGACCCAAUGCUAGGAGAGCGCAAGGAGUGCCAGAAGAUAAUCCGUCUGAAAAGCCUGACUUCCAACACGGACAUUGCGUCUUUGGCACGGAAGGUAGUGGAGGAGUGUAGACUCAUUUCCCCUUCCAGACUUCCUGAGGUGGAACAGUUAUUGUUCUACCUGCAGAACCGCAAGAAAUCUGCUGAAAAGAAAGAGAAGAAACAGAUCAAGCCAAGAGACCUGACUCCUUUUGAAGGCAUGGAGCUUGAUGAGGAGGCCAAUAUUAAUAGCAUAGAUGACUAUAUUGAGCUCUUGUAUGAGGACAUCCCUGAGAAGAUCAGAGGAGCUACACUCAUCCUCCAUUUGGCCCGUAACCCUGACAAUCUGGAGGAGUUGCUGCAGAACGAGACAGCUCUGGGCGCGCUGGCCCGGGUCCUGAGGGAAGACUGGAAGCAGAGUGUCGAUUUGGCAACCACCAUCAUCUACGUCUUCUUCUGCUUCUCCAGUUUCUCCCAGUUCCAUGGCCUGAUCACUCACUACAAGAUCGGAGUGCUGUGCAUGAGCAUAAUUGAGCAUGAGCUGAAGCGCUAUGACCUAUGGCAGGACGAACUGCUGAAGAAAAAGAAGGCCGGGGACGAUGACCCAGACAAUCAGAACCUGAAGAAGGAGUACGAGAAAGCCCUGAAGAAGUACCAUGGACUGCUGACCAAACAGGAACAGCUUUUGAGAGUUGCUCUGUACCUGCUGCUGAAUCUGUCUGAGGACACCCGCACAGAGCUGAAGAUGAGGAACAAGAACAUUGUCCACCUUCUGGUGAAAACGCUGGACAGAGACAGUGAGGAGCUCCUGGUGCUGGUGGUGUCCUUCCUCAAGAAACUCAGUAUCUUCUUAGAAAAUAAGAAUGACAUGGCUGAGAUAGAUACAGUAGAGAAGCUGGUGAAACUGGUGCCCUGUGAACAUGAAGAUCUCCUGAACGUCACUCUUCGCCUCCUCCUUAAUCUGUCCUUUGACACGGGCCUCCGCAGCAAGAUGGUGCAGGCCGACCUUCUGUCCAAACUCACCUCACUGCUAGGAGACGAAGCGCAGAGACAGAUCGCCAUGUGCAUUCUGUACCACAUCAGCAUGGAUGACCGUUUCAAGUCUAUGUUUGCCUACACGGACUGCAUUCCACAGGUAAUGAAGAUGUUGUUUGAUUGUGGUGAGGAGAGGAUUGACGCUGAGCUCAUUUCCUUCUGCAUCAACCUGGCUGCCAACAAGAGGAAUGCCCAGAUCAUGUGUGAAGGCAAUGGCCUGAAGAUGCUAAUGAAGAGAGCACUGAAGCUAAAAGAUCCUCUGAUGAUGAAGAUGAUCCGAAAUAUAUCUCAGCAUGAUGGACCUUCUAAAAAUCUUUUCAUUGACUAUGUUGGAGACCUAGCGGCUCAGAUCGGACUAAAGGAAGAGGAAGAGUUUGUCAUUGAGUGCUUGGGAACUCUUUCCAAUCUUACCAUUCCUGAUCUUGACUGGGAACUUGUGCUGAAGGAGUACAACCUGGUGCCUUAUCUCAAAGACCACCUCAAACCAGGCUCUGCAGAAGAUGACCUCAUUCUGGAGGUGGUGAUCAUGAUUGGCACUGUCUCCAUGGAUGAUUCCUGUGCCGUAAUGUUGGCCAAAUCGGGCAUCAUUCCUGCUCUAAUAGAGCUGCUGAACGCCCAGCAAGAAGAUGAUGAGUUUGUCUGUCAGAUUGUGUACGUUUUUUACCAAAUGGUGUUUCACCAGGCCACCCGAGAUGUCAUCAUAAAAGAAACGCAGGCUCCAGCAUAUCUCAUUGACCUGAUGCACGACAAAAAUGCAGAAAUACGCAAAGUGUGUGACAAUACAUUGGACAUCAUUGCUGAAUAUGAUGUGGAAUGGGGUAAGAAGAUCCAGAGUGAAAAGUUUCGCUGGCAUAACUCUCAGUGGCUGGAGAUGGUGGAGAACCGACAGAUGGAUGAGGCAGAGCCUUUCAUGUAUGGAGACGAUGGAGAACCUUUUCUCCAAAAUGGUGACAUCCUGGAACGGCCAGACCUCUUCUACAGCUCAGAUGGAAUAAUCCCAGUAGAUGGUGCCAUUAGUCCAGAGUUCUUCACAGACUUCCAGAAUGGAGACCUGUUAGGACCACAUGGUUUCCCCAGCAGUUCUUUGACUGACGGGUACGGACAGACAGGUGUGACUCCAGCGCGUCCUGCCACGGCUUACGGCUUUCGGCCUGAUGAGCCGUUUUAUUACGGUUACACGACAUCACGGUAGGAGAGUGUCAGGAAAGACCUAAAAGCUAUGAAAACCAAUUAAAUGGAUCUCAGAAGAUGCUAGUUAGGUCUCUUUUUUCCAUUUCAAAUGAAAGCAGCACUACUGAUUUUCUUCAUCAUCCAUAUCAUUAUCAGUAAUAUGUGGAUAUUUAUUCCAUUCCAUGUGAAUCUCAGUCUGAAUGUGUUUUAAGCUGAAUGUUCUCAAUGAAGCUAUGAUUUGCAGCCCUCACUUUGAGCUAGAUCAUGUAGUUUUAACAUACUUUAGCCUACUGUGUAUUGCUUGUCAACACUGAAGAAUCUAAUGGCACCACAUUGCCUUUUCUGUGCAAUAUAACAAAAGUAGGAUUUAGUUGCAUGCUGUUUCAGUGAUGUAGGUGAGUUAAUUUAUGAGUGUUGAAAACACCAUCUAUUUAUACAUUAAAGCAAAUCUGUCCAUUUAAUGCAUGACAGUUGUUCAGAUUUAGGUUUCUGGAAGCAAAAUAUUGUGUAGCUGUAGCUGCUACUCGUGUUUAUAUUAUAGGAUUUCCUUCAGUUUUGCAUAUGUUGCUUACAUAAAGCAACUGAUAUAAGGGUCAUUUUAAUGAUAGUGGUGCCCCUCUGUGGACUCGCAUGUGAAAUUAUGUAUUUUGUUCAAAUACAUUUCAUGACAACACAACACAGUGCCCAUGGGAACAAUAAUGUCACUUUACCGUCUUAAUAUCUUGAUUGUGCUAAACAAUGUUGCCUGUUUCUUUGCUUUUGAUACCAUAGUACUAAUUUUACAACACAUCUUGGCUUUAUAUGGUGCUCUGCUGACAACUUCAUAUGUAUUUUGUAAUGUAGCCUACUCAAGUGUUCUUUUGAAAUAAUACGUGCGUAAAUAAUAUGUGCGUUUUCGUAUUUAUGAAACUCAAUUUCAUUGGUGCCUGGGAAUUGUCUUACUGUUUUAUAUAAAAUGCCUUUUUGUUUAAUGUGGUGCAAUAUGAAAUGCAUAAAUUGAUGUGCAAAAGCUUUCCUUGUGUACGUUACUUUGAUAGAAAUCUUUUGCAUAUUUAGUUGGGUUUUAGCACAGCAGAAACUCCGCAAAUGCUCGCCUCGUUUACUUUCACUUGAUUGCAGUGAAAUGCCAUGCAUCUCAUUUAUUCUCAAUCAUUCACUCCCAUCAUUCAGACAUUCCUUAAAAGGGCGGUUAUGCAUAUUUAAAGAUGUAUUGAUGGACUGUCUUAUUGUUUAUGUGGAUCUUGUAUAGGGAGCCAAAUGCCUGGAGCAGAAUCUGUAGUGAUUGUCUCCAUGUAACACAGAUCUCAGUGGUUCUGCAGUAUGUCCCUGCAGUGCACAUGCGGCAAAUGUACUUGUACUUGUCACUCAACGUUUGUUCAUAACAACAAAAGGCACCUCGCUGUAGAUAUGUCACAGAGCCAGAUUCCAUGGAAAUCAAACCUGUCAGACUUGCGUUAUGGCAGACUUUGACACAGCUUGGCAUUUUGGGGAAAUGUACAAGAUCCUUAUUGUUGAAACUUUCUUCGUGUUGUGAUUGUAUCAUCUGAAGGUUGAAAACUGCCUUGCCGAAAUUGUAACAAUGGCAUGUUUCUUCCUGAAGGAUUCCUCAUAAAGAUUCACAAAGGACACUCAUUUCCAAACUCAAUAUUUAUGCUACACUGUAAAAAAAAAUCCGUAAAAUUUACGGUAAA